UAUUUCAUCUACAUAAUUCAGCAACAAAGUAACAUGACAAAAUAUAUAUUUUUUACAAUUUUUGUAACUACUUUUAUAGUUGGUACCUUCUGUAAUAAUAAUGAGAAACAGAAAUACCAAGAUGGGCUAAAAGAAUUUCAAACCUCGCGAAUUAUAUCACCGAAAUAUAAUGAAACACUUCAUCAGCUUGAACUCUGGAACUCCGCUGGCCAACUGAAAGGCAGCCUAAUGUGCGAACUGUGCUACGUGGCUGCCAACGUUAUUAUUAGCGAGUUUCGAGCCAACUGGUCCAUAGAUGUUAUAACGCUGGAAGCUGCCGGAGUUUGUACACUGCUCGGCAUAGAAACGGGGGUAGUGUGCAGGGGUGUAAUCGACAGAAAUAUCGACAUUUUCGAAUAUAUUAUCAAGGAAAACCCGGAUUUGAAAGCUGAGAGGGCGUGCGACAUAAUCCUGCAGAACGAUGGUUGUAAUAAAACAACCUUCGAAUGGACUGUAGCGAUACCGGAUGGUGAAACAGUGCAAAGGAAGGCUCCAAGUAGUCCAGAAAGUAGUUUCAACAUACUCCAUAUAUCCGAUAUUCAUUACGACCCCCUGUACACUGAAGGAAAGAACAAAAAUUGCGACGAACCGCUCUGCUGUCAAAGCGAUCAAGAGGAUGGCAGCAAAGAGGAGGGAACAGCUUGUGGAUAUUGGUCGGAAUACGAAAAAGCUGACACAUCGGACGCUUUGAUAGACGAGGCUAUUAGAAAAGCUGCAGAAACGGAGUACGAAUACGUUUAUUUUACUGGUGAUGCCAUCAGCCACAGAGUUUGGGCUACAUCAAUCGAAGACAACACCAAAAGCAUGAAAAGUUUAUUUGGAAAAAUGAAGACGGCUUUUCCAAAUAUUCCUAUUUAUCCUUGUUUAGGGAAUCACGAACCAUCGCCAUUAAAUGAAUAUGCUAUAACAAAUGAAAACGAAACGUUGAACGAUAAUUUAUCAAACCAAUGGCUGUAUCGUCUGAUUACCACCGAAUUUUCUGAAUGGUUAACGGAGGAAGCCAGUAGUACCAUAAUGCUUGGUGGUUUUUACACUGUAUCACCUAAAGAUGGUUUCAGGAUUAUUGUAGUCAACAGUAAUGUAGCAUAUACGAUGAAUUGGUGGCUGAUACAUAAUGAUACUGAUCCCUUUGGCCAGCUAGCUUGGUUAGCUGAGACGCUGAAAGCCGCAGAGGAUGCCCAAGAAGUUGUGCAUAUAUUAUCGCAUAUUCCCAGUGGAAAAUCUGAUCUGUUGAAAGUUUGGAGUAGAGAAUACCGAAAAAUAAUUGAAAGAUUUUCGAAUACUAUAGCAGCCCAAUUCAAUGGCCAUACCCACCACGACCAAUUUAUGGUGUAUUACAGUUCAAACAACUCCUCAAAUGUCAUCAAUCUUGCUCUAAAUGGUGCAUCUGUCAUGAGUGACAAAUCAAAUCCGAGCUUUAAGAUUUUGAAUAUUGAUAACGAUAAUUAUGAUGUUUUAGAUACUGAAGAAUGGACAUUUAACUUAACAGAGGCUAAUAUCAAGGGGAAUGAUACCCCCAACUGGUACAAACUGUACUCCUUCAGAGAACAGUAUGGAGUAAGCAGUUUGUCUCCAGAGGCUCUAACGGAGUUCAUGCCAAGACUGGCGGCUAACCAUAGUUUACUGUACGACUAUCACAUAUUGAGGUAUCGCAAUUCAGACAUAGCAAGAAUUUCGGGCUGUGACGAUAAAUGCAAAUUGAAUUAUUUAUGUGAAGUAUCAGUUAGCGACGUGGGGAACAACACGGCCUGUGACGUUCUAACCGAAAUAUUCAAUAGGAACUAGAAAAGCUUUCAUUCAAACCUUUUCUAAAAAAACUAAUUCAAACAACUCAGAUUUUGGUUAUUACUGUUUUGUGAAGAUGUCAAAAAUUCUUUUGUGCAUAUAAUUCAGAAUAAACAAUUUUUAAAACUAAC